GGCUUACUCACUGGGUAGCCUGAUGCCAGCUCUGCUGCCUGACUGCAGGUUUUGGAACCUGUCAGUGUGGUAGGAACUAUGUAUCCUUGUUCAGACGCGCCUCAAAUGGCCUGGCCUCUGACGAUUGCAGUAGCUGAGCUUCAAACUCCUUGUGCUGCUCCCUCUUCCCGCUCAACUGCAGCAUUCAGAAACUUGACCUUCUGUAGCAGAUGCAUCAGACAGCAGCAGAACUAGGAGAGCAACUACCAAUAAACUGCAAGACAAAAUACAGCUCUCAACAUCUCCAAAGCCAGAAAUGGAAAAUAAAGAGAAUGCUAAUAAAAUGUCAUGGGACCGAUCCAGUGGAACCUCAGAAAAAAAUGUUAUUUUAAACUCUUCCACAGUCACAGUGACAAAUUCUGUAUCGGGCACAAACUAUAAUCCUGAAGAUCAUGCUUGCAAGGAUGAAGUCACUGAAGUAAAAUCUCAACAUGUGUCACUUAGCAAGUCCUUCUUGCAAAUAAAAAGCAUGAAACAGAAGCAACUGAUUGCAGAAAAAGAAAAUUCAAGUGUCUGUCUACCAAAGAAACCAGUGCUUGGUACAUAUCGUGGCAAAGUUAUCCAAUCCAAGAUAAACUCCUUCCGAAAAGCACCAAGAAAUGAGGCAGAAAAGAGUUCUUUGCUAGACAAAAAGCUUCUUCCUUCUGCCACCAAGCCAGCAGCAACGUCUUCAUCCACGAGCAGAUGUAGUGUAGUUCUGAAGACCAUCAAAGGCACAAACAACCCUAAUCCUGUAAAACCAAUAGGUGUCCUUCCAUUCCAGAGCAAACCAUCUGAUAAAGCUGCUAUUAACUCACAGUCCAGUCUGAAGAAAUGGCAACUGACAUCUGCUGUCAUGCCAAAGAAAGUAACAGUUCAAAAAAUGAUGGGCGGAAGGGGAUCACAGCCACCGAAGGCUGCUUCUAACAAUUCUGACUGCAGAGCACUAGGAGGGAAGAAAUGUGCAGAUUUUCGCGAAGAUGCAAGAUCCAAAGCUCCAGCAAAACCAAUUUCUGCUAUUCCCGGUACAAAGUUGGGACAGGAGUCUAAAACUUACAGCAACAGAAAAUCUAUUCUGCCAACAGAGUCAGCAGUAGAGAGAAGAGCUCGCCUGGAUGAAUGGAGGGCAUCUAGAGGAAAAGUGAUGAAGAGACCUCCUAUAUCUGUGCUUCUGGGACCCCAGUCUAAAAGCAAAGAAGAACUAUUCUCUUCUGGUGAUUCUUUAGACCAUGUAUUAUAUAGUGAAAAGGUCAACAAGACUCUUGCGGAAUGUCUGCAGUUAACCGAACAGGGAUGUCAAGGCAAUGAAGUACGUGCCAUGUUGGAAGAUCUGACACAGAGCACUCCUGGGGUUAAAAAGCUUGCAAAAUAUUGGAUCUGCUGUAUGCGUCUUGAACAGAUGGGCCCUCUUGAAAAGCUUCUUGCAGUCUACGAGGAGGCCAUUUUGGCAGGAGCAACGCCUAAAGAUGAACUACGACACACACUAAUAGAUACUAUGAAAAAUACUGAAAGCCGCCUCAAGUCUGAGGAUGUUUUAGGGGAAUCUGUGACAGAAACUCAUUCAAGUGUGGCAGUGGAAGUCAGCAAGGAACCAAAUUCAUCUGUAGAGCAGGUUCAGGAGACCUUCAAGGAUCUUGGCUCUGAUGAUGACCAAAAAGCAGAAAGUGAUGACAAGAAGGCAGAGACUAGCAGUGAAGCAAUCAAAGAAGAAAUGGAUUUAGACUUGAAACCAAGAGAAGAGAUCUUGCCGAAAAAGGCUAAAAAGCACAAGACUAAAGAGCAUACAAAAAAGAAAGGAAAAUGUGAAACAGAAGAGCAAAAUGAGGAUGAGGUACAAGAUAUAGCCCAAGCAGUUAAUUCUCCUGAGAAGGAGAAUGACGCAUCUUAUUUGAGAUGUAAUCCAUCUACCACAGCAUAUGUGGAAAGUGUGAGGAUGCACCAUGAGGCAAAUGACUCCAGUGCUAAAUACCUGAAAAUUGUAACCCCUUUGCGAUAUUCUCAACGCAUUCGGGAGAAGAUGUUCAAGCUGUCGGAUGCUGUUAAAGAUCAAGAUCCAUGUGCCUCUCCUUUUGAACAGCUGGGAGAACUGGAAUCAAAAGCCACUGCAUUUAUCCACAGAGAGAGCAAUGCACUCAAAGAAACAAGUGCUGAAGUAGAAGAGUAAAAAGCAGCAUUAAUGCCACACAGGGGUUAAAGAUUGCAUCCUUUUUAAGGAGAGUUGGGGGGUGUUUGUUUUUAGCAGCUUUGAGAGAGGAGCUAUCUAAAACUUGUGUGGAUCACUUAAGAUGAAAUUUGACUGCCUGAGUCACUAAACUUCUGAAUUUAUAAGUUUCUGCCUUGUUAAAAUUCUGGUAAAUGUGGUCUGGUUUAGUACUUAAACAUCAGUGUCUUCAUUUUAAAUAUGAUUCAUCAAAUAUUGAAUUAAGGACUAGGUUUAACACUUCAUAUAACAGCUUGAUUGUAGUAUAUUGUGAAUAUCUACUGUUUUCAUGCUGCAAUUCCUAUACAUUCUUUAGAAUUGCACAAUCUAACUUUUAGUUUAAGAAACAAAAAUACUAUAGGUGUUCUAAUAGGGCAAUGUCUACUACAGCAACAUUUAGUUUUGAAAACUGAAACGAGCUAGUAAGAUGUACACUAAGUUUAAACUCUUGUAUCCUUUUUAGGAGGUAUUUUAACAAAACUGAGUUUAAUCCCUUUAGUUGCUGGGAUUAUUCAUGAUUAAGUAAUAUCCAUUAGAGUAAAAUCUGAUACACUAAUUGCUAUGUGACUGUUGUGAUGUUGGUUUGCUUUAGUCUGUAA